GCUUCGACGGCUUAAACGUUUUGGCUUGACUCGACUGUUAUACUGUUUUCUACUAAAUAUUGUCCGAAAUAGUCAGUAGUUUAUGUACACGUCUUCAGCUGCCGUGGUUCAACGUAUCGAUCCCGUGCAGUCUCGCGAGAACUAAAAUGGCUGAAGAAUAUAUAUAAAGGUUCGAAGUUACCAAAGAUUCGACAAAGACUGCAAGAUGGACUUAGGAGACAGCACGCUUACACUCGCAAUCAACACAGCGAUGUCUGCUGUGGGCUUUUUAGUUUGCCUUAACAUAAUUCCAAAGUUUAAGGACAUGUUUAUCAAAUCAAAUCUGUAUGGAGUUGAUAUGGCCAAAAGUUCCAAAGAGAAGAUCCCAGAAUCGAUGGGGGUAAUCUGUGGAGCUGUUUUCUUAAUCGUCUUGUUUCUUUUCAUUCCUGUGCCUUUCUACAAACACCUGGCUGAAAAUGAGAUGGGAAAAUUCCCUCACCAUGAAUACAUAGAGUACCUUGCUGCACUCCUCUCCAUAUGCUGCAUGAUAUUUCUUGGCUUUGCUGAUGAUGUGCUUAACCUAAAAUGGCGACACAAGCUGUUCCUGCCCACCAUAUCCUCAUUGCCUUUGCUGACUGUCUACUUAGUCAACUUCAACUCUACAACCAUCAUUGUGCCCAAACCUUUUCGUGUGCUGCUGGGAUUUGAUCUUAAUGUGGGUAUUUUGUACUAUGUAUACAUGGGCAUGCUGGCAGUAUUCUGUACAAAUGCCAUAAACAUUCUGGCAGGCAUUAAUGGUCUGGAGGUGGGACAGUCAUGGGUGAUAUGUGUGUCCGUUCUUAUCCACAACUUUUUAGAACUUGGAGGGAGCCAGCAUCAGGCACAUGUAUUCUCCAUCUACUUUAUGAUGCCAUUUUUAGGAGUCUGCUCUGCUUUGCUGUACUACAACUGGUAUCCAUCUCGAGUCUUUGUGGGUGACACCUUCUGCUACUUUGCUGGUAUGACCUUCGCUGUUGUGGCCAUCUUAGCGCAUUUCAGCAAGACGAUGAUGCUUUUCUUUAUCCCCCAGGUCUUCAACUUUCUAUAUUCCACUCCACAACUUUUUCGUCUCGUCCCCUGUCCCCGCCAUAGACUUCCAAGCUACGAUGGCAAGACAGACAAAAUCAGUAUGAGCUACACAAAAUUUAAAACCAAGGAUCUGAAACUCCUUGGUCGAUUGUUUUUAUUCAUCUUUAAAACCUUUUAUAUCAUUGAUGUAAAGGAGACAAUGGAAGAUGGAGAGAGCUACACCCAGAUUAACAACCUUACGCUCAUCAAUUUAGUCCUCAAAUUUUUUGGUCCAAUGAAUGAACAGUAUGCUGUCAUAAUCAUACUUUUACUCCAGGUAAUGUGCAGUGCAUUAGCCUUUGUCAUAAGAUAUUACAUUGCCCGAUUGUUCUAUGAUUAAUGUCACCAUGGGCUACCAUGAUGUUUGAGAGUUGCAAGUGCCUGGUCAAGAGUGUAAGUUGGUCUGAUAAUUAGUGACCUUCAGUCUUGCAGCCUGUGGAGCUUCUUUUAUGUCACGCUUUCUUUUUACUGCUAGCUGGAGGUGUAAUAUUUAGGGCAUAAUAUUUUGUAAGAAUUGUAUAAAGAGAUGUAGGUAAGAGAUCAGUAUAUUUUAAAUUGUAAUUGUGCCAUUAUAUAAGAAUUAAGUUUCUUCUUUGCUAGGAAACAAUUUGAUAUGUUAUAAACUUUAUACCAAGGUAGUAAAACUCAGCAGAGAACACAUUUUUAUGAUCUUAGAUGUCUAUGUAGGAUUUAUAAAAAAGAAAUUAAAGUCUGUAGACAGUAAAGGCUUGUCUGUUUUACUUCGUUUAAGUCCAUGUAAACACCAUAUAAGUAUGGAAACAUUUAUGUGCAAAUGUUUUUAUGGGCAUUGUUACAACUUUUUGCAAUUUCAAAAGCAAUGUAUUGUGUUUCUCUUCUGUAACUCUUUUUUGGAGGGUGUCAAGGUACAAGGGAGGCAAGAUGGAUAAUGUGCAUUGAGUUACAUCACUCUGGGUAAUGAUUAGGUUGUCUGGGAGUAAUGUGAAGCUCUAUUCUGGCUUGAUGUGAACACUGCUUAAUUGUGUAUUGUGUGUCUGAUUGGUAGGGUGAUUGAACAGCAGUUGUGAAAGUAUUUGUAGGGUAUCAUUGUAUUUAUUUCACCUUAUACACUUCAUCACAUUGUUCUCUCCUUUUUUUCAUUUGUAUUGUCAUUCUUUGUCAGAAUGAACAAUUGAAAAUAUGUUGAAAUGAAAUGAUGAUAAGCGUUUCUUGAAUGCAUAUGUAGAAGACAAUACCUGAUACGAGUGAAUGGGAUUGAGCAUCAUGUAAGGGAUGUGGUGGAAGGUAGUUAAGGGGAGGGUAGUUUUCCAUCUGUCUCAAUCCAUUUUCAUGUUCUCGUUCUUGUUCAAGAUCUUCGUUUACUUCCCUGUUGGUUUCAUAUCCAUCAAAACCUCUACGUAUGUGCCUCUGUCAUGUUUGCAUAUUUCGGUAACCUGUGAUAACCUUGAUGCACCCACUCAUGACAAUUGAUGUGAAAAGCCAUUUCUGUUGACAGAAUGUCACUGAAAAAGCAAUUACUUGUGUAACAUGAUGCUGUUUGAAUUGUCUGCUUAAACUUACUGUUUUUUUAAAUUUUUUUUUUUUUAUCUGAAAUAGAUAUACAUGUAUUCACAUUGGGGGUCUUGUUGCAGUGAUGUAUACUCAGCUGUUUAAUUUCUUUUUCUGCUACUCCCCUCUUCUUUCACCUUCCCCCCUUCCUCUUUUUACUGCCUCGUGGUGCUUGUAUAUGUAAACAAAUUUUGAAGUGCGAUUUCAAGACUACUCAAGUGUUUCUAGUGUGCACCCAUUUGACCAAGGGAUGCAACGCUGUUAUCACCAGUCUGGCAACUGAGCUGACAAUUGUAGAAAUGAUAGUGAUUUUUAUUAACUGUUUUCCACCCAUUUAAGAGUACAGUGCUUUGAAACUUUUGUAAUGAGAAAAAGAUCCAGUCUUGUGCAAAAAUAAUUCUGGAAGUAUGCAAAUAGUACAUGAGCAGGAACAAUCAGUGAAAUAAUAAUCACAGUAUUUUGGGAGUUUUUAUCAUUGUUGAAGUGUUCAGGUGGUAUUUAAUAAUUUAGAAAACAACUACUGACAGUAUGAUGGUGUAUGAUAUAAGGUGAAGUCAUUUUGCAAGUCAGUGUGUACCAGAGUGCUAGUACACCAAUUAGUUUAGUCCUUAUUACUCCUCGAGGAGCAUAGGGCUGCAACAAGUACAUCAAUAAACAGCUUAAACCUUU